AUGCCUGAUGCCCAGAUCAACGGAUGCGCAGACUCUGCAUAUUCAAACCUUUGCGGCUGUCAAAGUGCGCAAUUUGACGUGCAGGCUGCUGAGCAGGAACGUGCUCAGAUGGUCGUGGCGCAGGAGUGCUGCCCGCCCGAGGCCUUGGAGCACGAGAACAAUCGUUGCACUUUGACCUUGGAGUGGCCAAUCUCCAGCAUGAGGAUGAGAAGGUCGUGCUUCUGGCAACUACGAUGCCUUCAUGCCUUCUUGCAGCAUGGACUGGGCCGACCGCUGCGUCGCGCCGGGGAGCAUCACUGCCUCAAGGAGUGGCUGCUGGAGCGGCUGCUCGAGGCAGGGCCCCAAACCCUGCCACGGAGCCUGGGACGGCGGAGUCUUCCA